AUGGUUGAAAAGAACCAGCUUCUGGAAGCGGAUAAGGCCGGCUUUAGCCAAGACAAUGCCCGUUUUUCUUCGAGGCUCGGUGAACUCAAGGCCACUAUCUCUCAACUCCGAAUUGAGCUUGAUUCGGUCAAAACUGAUGCCGUGAAGAUGGCCGAGAGGCAUAGGCUGCUUGAAUCCGAAAAUGCUACGGAUAAGGAAAAGUUGAGGGUAAUGGAACAGAAAGCCGAGGAUCGAGCCCGAAUUUGCGACGAGCUCAAAAGCAAAUUCGAGGAGGCAGUCGAGGCCAAUGACAUUCUUAAGGUCGAGCUUGAGUCGGCUACUCAAGUUCAAAGAAUUAUCAAUGAAGAGAGAUCAGAAUUAGUGACUAAAUUGGCCAAAUCUGAGGCUGACUUACAAGAGUCUCUUAAGGACUUGGAGGCUGUCGAGGCCCGUACCACGAUUGCGGUUGAAUAUGAACGGUGGAAGUCCCGGAGGGCUACCUUUGAGCAAGCUCAACAAGGAUUACGGGACCUCCCGGCUCUGAUACUCGAAGCCAGAACAAUCGAGGAGGAGGCUAAGAAAGCCCUUGACUUCGAGUCUGAAGAUUCCGAGAGAACGGUUUCCGAGAACUUCAGCUCCAAUCGUACCGGGUAG